CAAAGACUACUACGUUUUGUUUGAGAAUGAUGAACGUCGUUGGGAAAAUUUCAAGGUUGAAGAAUGGUUGAUAUGGCUAACAUUCAAAAGCUGGCAAGACAAGCUUUCAAGACGUUUAGAAGUGUUGAAAAACCGCCAACAAAGGAAAAUUUAGACACAUUAAAAGAGAUGAUGUCGACCAUCACCGUUAACGAUGUGAAUUUAUCAAGACCAAACACCAGAAGAAGAUCUUUCGUUCAUCACUUUGCUCCAGUUACGCAUGUAAACAUUAUUGAUUGUUCAUAUUUUUCAAUGGCCAUAUUUAUUGUGGAUCACGGAUGCAGACUGCCAUUGCACAAUCACCCUGGAAUGUAUGGAUUUUGCAAAGUUUUGUAUGGGCAAAUUGAAGUUGAAAUGUACAGUCCUUUGAAAAGCGAACAGGACACAAACGGAAUAAUUUCCAAAAACGAUGAAUAUGAAAAAUUUCUGUAUCAAGGGAAACAUCAAUUUGAUAGUAAAUCAGUUCUUUGUACCGUUACACCAUGUAAUGGUAACUUACACAGUAUUUCAGCCGUUAGCGGCCCAGCUGCUUUUCUUGAUAUUCUUGGUCCACCAUACUCUAGCGACGAGGGUCGUGAUUGCAUAUAUUAUAAGAAAUGUUGUUUGACCAACGAAGAAUCAAGUAACUUGCGAUAUUUAAAAGAAAUACCUUGUCCACCAGAUUUUUUCUGUGAUUCGCAGAACUACACAGGACCCAAAGUGACGAUAGAAGAUCUUAUAGAGAACGGUAACGAAGGAUAAUGGAGGAUGAUGGUGAAUAAAAGAAGUUUAUAUUGUUGUUGGUUAUCCCAUCAUCAUUGGUAUCUUAUUUUACAAUUCUUCUUAUCAAGACAAUUUAAUGAAUUUUGUAUUGUCGAAUAAAGAAUAAAUUGUUUAUCGUUAUAUUGAUGGUGUAUUAUAAGAAAUUGGUGUAAAUGUACAUUAUUUUGAUGUAAUGAUGGAAAUCAAAUAAAUGUGCGACAAAUUUGUCAAUGUGGAAAGAAA